AUGUCACCACUCAGAGCCAAGAGGAUGGUCCUUAAUCGUAGUAAGCCGGCUGUAAUCGGUUCGAUUGUUGGUUUAGGGAAUUCCGAAAAUAUGUUAUUUUCCAGAGUGAACAUUGCAUUAUCCAAUUUCCACCAUUGCUUUUUGAUUAUGAUUGGAUUAAAUAUAUCAAAUAUGGUGAGUACCGAUCGUAUCAUUCAACUAUUCUCAAGAGUCGAAACGUUUCGUAUCAAAUCCGACGAAUUUGAUAGCAUGGUUAAAAAUGGAAUUGAAUUAAGAGAGUAUUUAUGUGAUGAAUACUCCGAUAGCGAAGAAUUAGAUUAUACAGAAUCAAUUGUUAAGGAGCAAUACUUAGUACACCUUCCGCCGAUGCCAAAUCUAAAGAACAUCACUGUCGAUAGCUACAAUGGAUAUAAAUCAAACUAUAGUUCAUUUCUAACAUCGAUACUUACAAGCACACCGAAUGGUGAUGGUCAUGGCAUUUAA